AUGACGGGUUUCGUGAGCAACAGAGCCCACUACUCUCCUCCAUGGGCCAAUGUCUCGAUAAUCGGAAUUGCAGGCUCCUCCGGAUCUGGGAAAUCGACUUUAUCUCACGCUAUCGUGUCGAAGCUCAGCUUGCCAUGGGUGGUCAUUCUAUCGAUGGACUCUUUCUACAAAACCCUGGACGAAGAAUCAUCGAGGAAAGCAUUUCGUAAUGAAUAUGACUUCGAUUCCCCUGAUGCUAUUGAUUUUGAUGUCUUGGUUGACCGUUUGAGAGAUCUCAAGGCUGGAAGGAGAGCAGAAAUCCCCAUCUACUCAUUUGCUAAGCACGCCCGAGAGAAAGAGACAACGUCAAUCUACUCUCCACAUGUUCUCAUCCUGGAAGUACUGAGAGAUGUCGCCGAGCGCGGUAGGGACAUCGAAGGUUGCAUCAAGCAAUGGUUUCUGUACGUGAAGCCAAACUUUGAGCAGUACGUUGAGCCUCAAAGAAAGGUUGCUGAUAUCAUUGUCCCGAGAGGAGUGGAAAACCGGGUUGCCAUGAAAAUGGUAAUCAUGUACAUUGAGCGUAGACUGAUUGAAAAGUCUAAAGCUCAUCGAGAUGAGCUCAAGAAGCUGGGUCAGAACAGUGAGGAUGAGGUCAUGUCUAAGAGAGUUAUCUUACUGGCACAGACUCCUCAACUCCGAGGCAUGAACACAAUAAUCCAAGAUAUUGACACGUCUGCUGAAGACUUCAUAUUCUACUUUGAUCGGCUCUCAACAUUGCUGAUCGAGAAUGCAAUGAACAAUGUUUACUUUAAAGCGAAGACUAUCGAAACGCCGGCGGGCAAUAAAUACAGUGGCUUGCAAGCAACCGGCGAGACUAGCGCGGUUAUCAUUCUUCGUGCAGGCGCUGCGUUUGAGAAUGGCCUAAAGCGUGUUCUACCAGACUGCCGGACAGGAAGGCUGUUGAUUCAGUCGAACGUACGAAAUGGAGAACCGGAAUUGCAUUAUCUCAAGCUUCCAGAGCAUAUUGAAACACACGAUAGUGUCCUGCUACUCGAUCCGCAGAUGUCCAGUGGGGGCGCUGCUUUGAUGGCCGUCCAAGUUCUGCUUGAUCAUGGUGUCCCUGAAGAAAAGAUAGUUUUCGUUACUUACCUAGCAGGUAGAAUGGGCUUGAUGAGGUUGACGAAGGUGUUUCCCGAAGUCAAAGUGAUCGUCAGCUCGAUUGUCCCUGACUACGAGGAAAGACCCCGGACGCGGCGCGCCUUUAGCGAGGAAAAUAGGGGCGAGGCUAACGUCAACAACAUUCGGGUCCUCAAUCGGUCCUUUAUACUAGAGGCUCGCGUAGAUGAACUUUCAAGCGUUACGUUGCAUUCAAAACCCCUCGUCCUCUCCUUGUUGAUCUCAAUUUUCUCUACACUUUAUCGCACAUUUACGAUCUUUCUCUUGGAUUUCGUCAAUUUGCAAAAGCCCACGCUCGCAAUCGCUGUAUUCGCCUCUGGCUGUGCAGCGAACGCCAACGUUGGGUCUACACCUUCUGCUACCUCUACAGCUUUCGACAGCGCAAACAUCCUGCGAAGAGAUGCACCCCAGCCUCCAAAUCAUGGCGAUCAUCUUGCCCCUCUCUCCAGCCAAUCAUUAGGUGGAAGAGAAUCUUCUCAUCAGAAGAGAUCUGAAGCUGCUUUGCACCCAAUCCAUAAUUCUUUACAUUGCCCAUCUCGAGUCUGGACUUGGCUUGACGGGUUGCACGAAUCAAUGCGUAAGGAGCCCAUUGGAAACGUUGUCAAGGGAAUUUCAAAAUUGUCGAUGCCCAAGGAUGUGCUCGCCUGGUUCAAAAGUCUGCCUCCGAUUCAUCAUGCUAAGAAUCUUGGAUUCGUGCAUGAUCAUUGUAUACACCACUCCUUCCAACCGACGGUAGCUGGAGCGUGUCCCUCUUCGGUUCGAUCUUGGAUCCACGGUUUGCCUCCUUCAACGCGCGAUACAUCCAUUGGGAGCAUCAUCGAUGGUGUCCCAGACAUAUCGGUUCCCGAUGAUGCUUGGCAGUUUAUCUCGGGUUUGCCAAAGGAAGAUCAUCACCGCUCUCUUGGAUCCCUCCUGGGGUCGCCAAUAGACUCAACUCAGCUUUCUUCGACACCUAGCAAACUGGUAUCGAGUGUGGCGGCGACCUCUCCAGCCAUCUCAACAUCCCGGGUCGGCGUCGCCAGCUCCAUAGUUUCUUCGGUCAUCAGCAAAGUCACAUCUCAAAAUUCCGAGAUUUCGUCCUCAUCAAGCGGCGGAGCAGCCAGUGACAUCUCUACCAACUCGAUCCAGACGUCUCUUCCGAAAAUCACGACUGAGAUUCCGAGUUCUUUCACGGUAUCUGUCAUUGAGAGCACAUCUACAGAUGGCAGCAAAUCUACACAGGCACCUUCCACCGAAUCGCAAUCUGCGAGCAUCACAAAAUCUCUGAGCGCAACUCCAAGUGCGACCGUGAAGUCAAUAAUGUUUAUCGACGCUAGCGGUUCGCCAACAUCAUUACCUGCACCUCUAUCCACCAGCAAGGUCUUGUCUUUCGUUUCGUCGUUGUUGGGUCUUUCCACGGAUUUGCCAGCGCCGUCUUCAGUUAAUCCUGGCAUAUUCUCGUCGACUCAAGUCUCAUCUUCUACUCAGGUCGCAUCUUCUACUCAAGUCACAUCUUCUAGCGUUGCCCUGUCAUCAUCAGCAUCGCUCAGUCAAUCCGAAAGGUUCCCCGGCUUCUCGAGCAUUGUUAGUUCUUUGAAAUCCCAAUCAUCACUAAAAUUUGUGCCAACAGAGCUGCCAACCAGCAGCAGCUCGUCCCUAAAGGCUGUGCGAACAAAGCUGCCAGCUCGAGUUUCUAGCAUCGUCUCGUCCCUAAAGGCUGUGCCAACAAAGCUGCCAACCAGCAGCAGCUCGUCCCUAAAGGCUGUGCAAACAAAGUUGCCAACUCGAAUUUCUAGCAUCAUCUCAUCCUUGAAGAGUGCCGAGAUAACCAGAACAAGCAGCCAGCUUUCAAGCUUGACUUGGUCCCUGAGCAGUACUUCUACCCACGUAUCAGCACUGCCUAGCGAGAUCAGCACUGCCUCGCGCAUUCCAACUAUAAAACCCUCGCCAGCUCUGUCAGAAACACCGCCUCUGGUCACUAGUUUAGCCUCGAUCAAGUCUUCGAUCGCUUCGGGACUGUCUUCCACUUCGGUUUCCAUAGGACCCAGUACCGAGUUGCCCUCUUCGGAACCAUAUUGCAUCCCCCAAACACAGACUAACCUUCCUUCUGGAUCAACGACCUCAGGAUUUGCAUCUUCCAAGGGCUCCAUUUGUAAGUUCAGUCACCCGCAAGCGACUGGGCCCCCUCGAAGCACGAAUGAACACAAGCCACCUCGUCCGGGAAGCGGGAAACCACAUGACCCACAAGACUCCCACCGUGGCGACUCUUAUCGUGCUCCGGAAGUCGCAGGAGGUUUCAAUUUUCACAAUGGAAACUUUUUCGAUCCAGCGGCACCGAAAGGACCGGGGAAAACUGGACAGGCCCGAGACAUCAAUUCGGCGAUUCCAAGGCAAAUCCAAAAAGCUUUGAGUGAUGAUCGAAUCGACUUUUAUGAUCCAGGACAUGGAGCUUUCUACUAUGUCAAUAAAUGUAAUGGAGGUAAGGGCUGUAUCGUCAUAGAAGUCGCCCGAUCUUGCGAUUGCUACGUGAGCGCACGAGACCAAGAACUUCACAUCCUGUCAUUCGACCCAAAGGACGAGACGAUCCCCUCAGUCUACAACCAGGACACGAAACUUCCAGUAGCCGUAGUGUGGUUCCCCGCGCCCGGCGACAGUUUCGAAAAGAUUGCUGAAUACUUCGCCACCGACUUGGCCACUCUGAUCGCCGCUAAUCCGCUGAUCACUUAUCCCACUAAGCUGGAUAUCGGACAGCCAAUCAACGUACCAGCACAAACUCACACAGUAGAGCGCGGUGAAACCAUGGUCACGAUUGCGAACAUGUACAACGUACCCCUCAAGACAAUCGAGGACCUGAACAGAGCCAUCAAGCAUCCCAAGGAUAUCCACCCCGGCCAGCUCCUUAAAGUCCCAACCCAUGAUGCCGCCGAGCCCUUCGCCUACUUGACCCAGCCCGGGGACACCUUCGAGAAGAUUGCCGCCCAAUACCGGCAGACCGUGCCCGCCAUAAUCGCCGCCAACCCGCAGAUCGCCGACCCCGACGUGCUCUAUUCCGGUCAAGUCAUAAACAUUCCCGUCUACAUGCCCAGCCAAGGCAAGCUCGACUUCAACGACACCUGCCCGAAGCAGGAAGCCGAGGCGAAGAAGCGAGAUGGCACGUUAACGGGCGCGAGAUUUGCACGUGCGGCGCCUGCGCGUGUCUCGACGACGACGACCACGAUUGACAUCGGGCCUACAAAUGCGCCGAUCGUUGCGAAUGUUCUCGUCUGA